AAACUGCCCAUCAUUGGGAAUAGUAAAUGUAACGAUUUGGUGGUGUUAGCGCGUGAUUCCCUUUGACUGGGUAUUGGAAGAUAGAUGACCGUUUACCGAGAAGUCUCAAAAUAUAAUCUUGUGGUUUCUUAAAGACUCGCAGGUUUCUUGUGGCUUAAGCUUUCACAGACUUCAUUUGAAGAAGUAGUUCACAAAAGCCAAAAGCAGCAAAAUGCAAAAGGGGAGGGCAGGAGAAGAAAGUCAUCCAUCCCUACAGCAGAAAAGCUGCUCAGCUUACAAAAGAAGCGCACAAACAAGAAAAAAAAGAAAACUAUCCUUUUGCAGAUUGAAAAAUGAAAAGGCCUUUCGUCUCAGUGUUAUAGGUGAAAAAUUGCUUUGGUUUCAGUGUCACCUUGAUCCCAGCAAAGUGGAAUACACAAAAAAAGAAGCCUGUGAACUAACAGAAAAUUAUUUGCAGCGAUUCAGUGAUGAAUUGGAGCAGAUUGAACUACGUAACAGCAUUAAAGGAAGACAGGCCAGACAGCACACUUCCAGGGAAACGAUCAUCAAACAGACAAUGGAACGUGAAAGACAGAUGUAUGAAGGAUAUGGACUAGAGAUCCCUGAUAUCAUGAACUGUAAGCACCUUAAAACUUUCAGAACCUGGGAUGGUGAUUUGCAGAAGCUACCAAACAUUAAAAUGAGGAAGAUAUCCAGUAAAGAUGCCCUUAAUAGUAGGGUGAACAAGGCAGCGGUUGAAGAUGAAAAAGAAUUGGGUGCAGAAAAGAACCCAGAGUAAUGAGCACUUGCCGGUAUGGGAGAUGACAGCUGGAGCAAUUGCCAAGCUACUCUUACAGUGAUCAAUUGGAGCUAGACUAAAACUCUUUUUUAGUCUCAUUAUGAGAAGACCCAGUUUUCUUGACUAUGUGACUAAGCCCUGUAGUUUGGCCUUCUGUUUAUUAUGUAAUAAGAUAAUGAGGCAUGUUAUAUCAUUCUCCUUUGAAAAACAGUUUAAAAUAUUUUAGGUUCAUAAAAGUAACUAACUCUUAAGGGGCGAAGUAGGUGCUAUGGUGGUGAAACUGUAUUCUCUGACCAUGCGAAAUGCACGGAAAGCAGCUUGAGGCAGAAAGAAUUCAAAGCACAGGAGGAGAUGGCCCCUCCAACGGGUUCUUUUCUCCAUGGGAGUGUUCCUUCCAGUCUCUGAGCCCAGCAGUCAUUCAAACUGCUGGGGUAAAGCAUGUUGGGAAGUAAAAUAUGGGCAAGGGGGUCAUUUCAGCCCUCUCACUCCUACCUUCCUAUGCUCGAGUUUAACUGCACCCAUCUUCCUUGCAUGAACUUGGUGGCCGCCAGACUCCUACACAUUGGUCUGCUGCCAUAAUGUCUAUUUUGGCCCAAAUUAAUCCAUUUUUAUCAUACACUUUCGGGAUGCAGUUCAGUAGGGCAGAGGUGGCUGAUCUGUGUCCAUCUAGAUCAGCCUUUCCCAACCAGUGUGCCUCCAGAUGUUAUUGGACCACAAUUCCCAUCUUUCCUGACCAUUGGCAAUGCUGGCUGAGGCUGAUGGGAGUUGUGGUCCAACAACAUCUGGAGGCACACUGGUUUGGAAAGGCUGAUCUAGAUGUUGCUGGAGUCUAACUCUGGUCAUCCCUGAUCAUUGGCCACGUUGGCUGGGGCUGGUUGGAGUCCAGCAAAAUCUGGAAGACCACAGGUUAACCACCCUUGCUUGGUUUCAGGGGUUAAGUAGCACAACCGGGAUUGUAGCUUUUAUUCUGUGGCACCAGUUAGUGCCUUCUUGAGGGUACCAGCACUGUCAUCGCUGUCACCUCACCUCCCUUUCCCCUGCACCUGGUUCCUUCUUCCCUUUGGAAAAAAUGUGUGUGUUUGACCAGCUUUCUGAGACUGAUGGCUAAAGAGGUGGGUGUGUGGGGUGUGAUGCACCCAUAAGAUGACCACUUCUCUAUAACCCUCCUCUCCUUUUCAGAAAAAUCUUUCAGCUGUCAGAACUAACUUAGUGGCCUGAAGCCAGGGUGAAUGCACUAGUUUUAAACAAUUUGUUAACAUAACUUUGUCAGUUCUUACUAGGUGUUUAAUUCUUUUUCUGUGACUUGAUAAAAGAAGGGAAUCUUAGAAGGUAACUUUGCUUAACUAGAAUAAUACAUUAGCUGGUAUAAGUCUAGAAGAACAUAAAGCUGCUGUUUCAGCAUUUUUCUUAAGCCUCCUUUAGGCAUUUACUGAAUACUAAUGUUAACUUAGGGGACAACUGCUGUAGCUCUCUGCCCCCAUUGUCUUUGUUGCCAUCCACCUUGUGCAGAACCUUGUGUAUUCAUGGAGGUUUCUCACACAUUUACAACCCUGAUUUUAAAACGUGUCAGGAGUCUCCAUAAGUACAGGCUUCUCACUUCACAAGGUUGCUCUCCACAGACUGGGGGUGUGAGUGGCUUUAUGGAAUGACGUUACUAUAUCUUUCCAUUGUUAUAUGUGGGUAAACCUACAUAAUUGGCAUGAAUUUAGGAAGGGAGUGAAGGAAAAUGAGAACAGAAUGAGUACAGGGUUAUUCUUUUUUUAGGUGGCUUUCUAAGUAGAAGGAAGAAGAGCAAAUAAAAAAAAAUAUUUAACCUGCCCAAGAUGGAAAGAACAUUCUUGGAAACAAUGGCAGAUAUGCAUGUUUUGUGGUGUGACAAACAGACUAUCUUACAGAGCCAAGUCCAUUAAUCAAAGACAUUGUGAAAAUAUAUGCUAGAAGUUUAACCCUUAACCCUGAUAUAUUCAACUUCUCUUGGAAAAUGUGUUGAUCAUUAUUUUUUUUAAAAUGCUUGGUUGUAUACAGUGAUUCAAGGAUUUUCACUUAUUGGUGAAUGUUAUCAAUGUUGUCUGGGGUUGCAGUACUGUAUUUAAAUCCCAUUUGACUUAAAUAUGAUCUCAACAGUUUAACCAUGUUAAAGGAAGUCUAGCCUUCCCUUAGGUGUGAUCUUAUGCAGCCAAAUGCGUUGUGUUUUGCUGUAAUUUUAGUUCAGCUUUCUUGGGUCAUUGUGUGGGUAGAUUAUACUGCAAAAAAAGCAAUUCUUUCACUUAAUAAGGGAGAAAGUGGCUUGAUUGUCAUGGGAAAAGGACUGAAGGACCAGACUGCAGUCGAUCUGUCUUGUCCUCAUGAGUCUCAUGCAGAGUGAACAAAUUGGUGUUUUAAUACAGAAGAGUAAACUAAAUCCUCUUUUUUCACAAAACACUCAUCACGCAAGGUUGGAUUAUACAUGUUAAUUAUGAAAGUUGCCAUAGUUUUAAACUUUUAGCCUGGGAAUCAUGGUUAAGGUUUUGAGGAUAAAAUUGAUUUUAAAUCUUCA